UUUGACGAGAGCUGCACUGCUUCCCCCACUGAAGGAGAAGAAGUGAGGAGGAUUCGGCGCAGUGCCUUUGCAGCACAUUCUCCACACAGAAAGACACACAAGCUGCAGGCUAAAAUACGAGCACUUUUCCUGCAGUGCUGACAAGAAGCUCUGCUGCUCUGUGACCAGAAGGGUAACGGAAUGCGUCAAAAUGGAUGAAGUCGUUAUGGAUUGAUGGUGGCUUAAGCUGAAGGAAUUCUGUUGACGCCACGUGAGAGCAUUGAAUAUGCAGCUCUUUCUGGAUUCCCCCUAGGAUCUCUUCUUCCCUGUUGGAGACCCUCUCCACCCCCCACACCCAGCAGCCAUGGCAGAUGACGCCGACAUGCGCAACGAGCUGUCAGACAUGCAGCAACGUGCUGACCAGCUGGCCGACGAGUCACUGGAGAGCACUCGUCGUAUGCUGCAGCUGGUGGAAGAGAGCAAAGAUGCUGGCAUUAGGACUUUGGUUAUGUUGGACGAACAAGGAGAACAACUGGAGCGCAUCGAGGAGGGAAUGGACCAAAUCAAUAAGGACAUGAAGGAUGCGGAAAAGAAUUUGAACGAUCUAGGGAAAUUCUGUGGUCUUUGCUCCUGUCCAUGUAACAAGAUGAAGAGCGGAGCCAGCAAGGCCUGGGGGAACAACCAGGAUGGGGUGGUGGCCAGUCAGCCAGCCCGUGUGGUGGAUGAGCGUGAACAGAUGGCCAUCAGCGGAGGCUUCAUCCGCAGGGUAACAGACGAUGCCCGAGAAAAUGAGAUGGAUGAGAACCUGGAGCAGGUGGGUGGCAUCAUUGGAAACCUGCGCCACAUGGCCCUGGACAUGGGCAACGAGAUCGACACCCAGAACCGCCAAAUCGACAGGAUCAUGGAGAAGGCUGAUUCCAACAAGACCAGGAUUGACGAGGCCAACCAGAGGGCCACAAAGAUGCUGGGCAGUGGCUAAGCGCGCCAGCCUGCCGAGCAUCACCCCUCCCGGCAUCCGGCGCUGCACGUCAUCGGGCGCUGCCAUGCUUUUAUCAUAUUGACCUUCUAGGUUUGCACACAUGCACAUAUCACCUCCCUUCCCCCAUUGUAAAUGUCGUUCUGUGUGUCGUCUGUCCGGCUUUUUCAAGAAGAUUGUCCUGGUAAAAAGAUUUCUUAUACUCCGUGCAUCAUUCUUUCCAAAGGUUGUAUAUAGUGCUGAGUUAAUGGCUCUCUGGCUCACCUGUGAACUUUUUAUUCUGUCGAUCAAUAUAUACAAAUAUCAUAUAUUAUUCUAUAUCAUAUAAUAUAUAGAAAUAUACAAGUACACUGCUAUGGAUGACAAGUAUAUCAUAGGAAUGCUGUUUGUUUUGAUUCCUCCUUUUCAGUAUCUCAGUAUUGCUGUAGUAAAACGGUGUCAUUCCAUGUACGCUGCUGUCACGCUCCUUGAUUUAGUGUAACGUCACGGGAAAACGGGAGAAGACUGACGGGAAAGCACGCAAAGUUAGCUGUGAAGAAGCUCGCAAACAGCACUUCCAAUCAAUAAAGCUCCAUUUUCCUCCAUGGCAAUCAUACUGAGUUUGCUGUUUAGACAAUGUGCAACUAGAUUCUCUGUAGCUGUAUUAGGCAUUGCAUUCCAAGUGAUGUGAAUUGUGCGUUCUCUGCAUGACAAUUGGUAGAUUUUAGUCUUCUAAAUAAAACCUGUCUGAAAAAAUAUAUAUAAAAAAUAAUAACAUGGCAGUAGCGACUUGACAAAAACGCAUGCUCAGUAUUAGGACACAGUUGUUCCAUUCUUCCCUGCGAGUUUGCAAUAGUGCCACUCUUUCUGUCUUGAUAUAUUUACCGACUGUGACCAUCUUGUUGUAAAAUAAUGCAAAAGGUGAACAAAAAAGCGAGACGAGAGACGAGGAUUGGGGUUGUAUUGCAAAAAAAAAAAAAAAAAAAAAGUGUUUUGUAAACGAUUAUGCAGUUCUUUGAUGAAGAUAAGUGCUGGAAGAGGAGGAUGGGUUGUGUACUGUAACAUAGGUUUUGGAUGCUCUGAAAAAAAAUAAUAAAACGUUUGCAAUGUAAAGCAAAGACGCAUAUUUCUGAGAGACCUUACUUUUAUAAGAAGACUGUACCUGUAAGUUUAUUCUCCCCGUGUGGUUUGUUAUUGGUAAAAAUAAUGUUAACAACGACGACACACCCAAACAGGAAAAAAACACAAAGGGUUUUUGUUGCUUCUGUACUUUAGAGCUAUGCACACCAAAUCUCCAAAAUGUCCCGUAGUUUAGAGUAAGGUGACCAAAUACCCCAAACUGAAUGACACAAUAGGUUCAACUGUGAGAUUGAUGUCCUCAACGCAUGUUCUAUUCAAAGACUCCCUCUCUGUAUCCUGUCAGUGUGUGAAGUGGUGGACAUUUUGUAGCUAGCUGAAUUGAUUAAAAGUAAUCAACCCUC